AUACUUUAACUACAUGUACUUUAACAUGUAAAACUUCAUACACUAGAGUAUCAAAAUUGGCGACAGGUUCAUUUCUAAUGUUUUGAAACGUUGGCCUAUGGUUGAAAAGUUUUAUCGCACAUCUUGUGUUUGAAUUUAUUUGUGUUUCAGUGUUAAUUUUAACUUCUAAGGUUGAUAAACUUUUGGAUCUAGCUUUAUUUCUUUCAUAUUUCACAAGAAAUAUACUUGGAACGAUUUGAACAAAAAGGUUUUAACAUUUAAACAGUAACAAAAUGGCAACAGGUUCAUUGUCUUCGGAUCCAAAACGUUUGCGUAUGGUUGAAGACUUUUCUUGCACACGUUGUUUAGAGCAGAAUCUUACGGAAUCUGCAGACAUAUAUUGUGAAAAAUGUUUAAGGUUUUAUUGUAAAAAAUGUGUUAUCCUGCAUAGUCAGUUUUUUACAAAACAUGACAUGUGGAAGGGAGGAUAUUAAGAAAUGGCCAGUUUCUAAGGCGGUGGAAGAUUUUCUCAGGAAGUGUGAGGUGCAUGAGGAUGAAACACUGACACAGUUUUGCCAUGACCACAGUCAGCUGUGCUGCUCUGCAUGUGUUGGAACAAUUCACAGCCAGUGCAGUAAAGUGACCCAGAUUUCGGAGCUGACCAACUCGCAGCCCACUGGCCUGGAGGGGAUGUCAGUGGAGCUGGAAACUGUCCUGGGGGAAAUUAAAACCCUGCAGAUCAGUCAGAAGGCCAGCAUUCAGUCAUUGCAGAAAACAUACAAGGAACAUAGUGCAGUUAUGAUAGAGCAAAUGCGUGGCAAUUUAAAUACUUAUAUAGAUGAAUGUGAUAAUAGUUCUGUGGGUACAUCAGGCGGAAAUGAGCAAUAUUUAAAAGAAGAGAUGUGUAGGAGUGUUCUCUCUAUCGUGAAUGAAUUUGAUAAUAUUACUGCGAAGGAACUUAACGAGAUGAAAGAUGAAGUUAUAAGCAUUAAAGGGUCAGUUACAAGUUCUAUUCAUAAAUGCACCACUCUUCACAAUGACUUGUCACAAUUCCAUGAACUUGUUCAGAAAAUUGGAGAUAAUAAGGAGCUCUGUCUUAUAGCCAGCAUAAAAUGUAAGCAUAUAAUACAGCAGGCAUUGACUCUGCUAGGAAAGUCAGGCAAGGCGUUUAACGUCCAGCGGAAGUCUGUGCACAAUGUGAGAAUACCAAGUGAUUCAUAUGAAUGUAGUAUUGCAGGCAUAUGUGUUCUGACUGAUGGGCAGGUGCUGGUCGCAGACUCGAAGAAUAAGAGGAUCAAGCUGCUGAACCAGCAGUACCAGGUGGUGAAUCACUGGGAUGUGACUGCUGGGCCAUGGGACAUAUGUUUGAUCACACCCAGUGAGGUUGCAGUGGCUGUGAAUGACCAUGAUAGCAGGAUACAUGAGGUCCAGUUUAUCACUGUCAACCAGGGAAAGCUUGUCUCUGGCAGGAAGUUUCAGUUACAACAUAAAUGUAGAGAUCAUCUGCUUUGA